ACCAUCGGGGGCGCGGGAUGCAGACAUCGGGGGCAAGACUGGCGAGUCUGCUGGAGGACAGGAAGCACAGUUUCACCUACGAGUACUUCCAUGGACCACAGCUCGCUCAGAAGCCUAGCGAGCAUGACCGGGAUAUGUCCCACGUGGUGAAGUCAAUUACCUACGGAGAUCUCUGGGGAGGAAAGGAUCAGAAGACAGCAAUCAGCAGCGGACCUCCAAGCUGGUUGACUACUGCUUAUGAAGGACUCGUUCACUUUCAUUGAUGAGUGGGAUCGACGGCUCAUUGUUUAUCCUAUGGGAUUGUUGUUCUUUCAAACCGUCAACUGCUCAUAUCAGACAACAACAGCCAUGUAAGCUCGAUUUUGACGGGAGAUUGUUGCUGGCGUUUAGCGAUCGUUAGUGACACCCAUGAUUAUUUUUCACAAAACAAAACCGCUUAUCAUU